AAUUCUAAUGCCCUAAGGAAGCGGGAUGGACUCCGACAACCGCUGCUCCGACUCUCCUUCGCCUCCGCGGGCUCUGAGGUCGAAGCACCACAACCGCUCCUCGUUCUGCCUCUCCGCCUGCUUCGGCGCCGCCGGCGAUGGCGGGGCGCCAGGCUCUCCCGACGGCGUUGGCGAGAGGCAGGGGGCGUCGCUGCUCCGCUCCCCCUCCACGUGGCUCCGCUUCAAGACUCACGAGCUGCCGGAGCUCCGGGGGAAGUGCCGCGCCCUCGUUUCCUCCCACGCCGCGGGAAAGCACCACCGCCGUCACCACUCGUCGGACUUCACGUACGACCCACUCAGCUACGCCCUCAACUUCGACGAGGGGUUGGAGAGCGAGUUCGCUGCCAACGCCGAGGACCUCCGGUAUCGGUGCUUCUCGUCCCGGCUCCCGGCGUCGCCCUUUCGGACGGUCGGGGUCCCUUUCGAUAAGGCCUGGGAGGGAAAGGGGAUCAAGGGGAUUAAGGGGAGGGAGGCUCCCCUGUGACUCCCUACCGUGGUCAUCCCGAAUUCUCCGGGUUUUUCGACCUAAUUUGGUCGGAAAUCUUGGAUUUUCUUUUCGUAAUAACCAGAUAAAAUUUGGGUUUUUUACAGUUUCUUGGCUUCUAAUUUGUCCGUUUUAAUAAAAAAGUUGCUUCUUUUGGUGCAAUUGAUUUUUUUUUUAUGGAAUUUGGUGCAAUUGAUAUUAGAUACCUCCUUCUUCCGUUUGGGUUUUAGUUGCGUUCCAAAUGAUUUUCUUUUUUGAGGUAAUGUAUAAAUCCUUGUCAAGAAAACCAGAUUCCAGUUACAGAAGCUAGAAUUUUGUGUA